AUGCGUCUAAUCCUAACAGGAGCCACGGGCCUCGUCGGCUCCGCCGCUCUUAACCAUAUUCUAACACUACCCCAGGGACAGAUAUCGCGAUUAUAUAUUCUCAGUAGAAGUCCCGUGCCAAUGGCAGAUAACCAUCCCCAUGUCACCGUGAUCGAACACAAGGAUUUCAACGAAUACAGUCCCGAACUACUAGAGAAGCUCAAAGGAGCGGACGGAUGUAUUUGGGCACAGGGAAUUUCUCAGACUCAGGUGCCGAAAGACGAAUAUAUAAAAAUCACUCUUGAUUACCCCCUCGCCGCUGCAAAGGCAUUUUCAAGGUUAUCUGAUUCAUUUAAUUUCGUUUACGUCUCUGGAGAGGGGGCAACCCAAACCCCGACCCGAUUCACCCCUAUAUUCGGCCGCAUAAAAGGCGAAUGCGAAGCCUCUCUCAUCGAACUGUCAAAGAAAUACCCCAGCUUGAAACCCUACUCUGUGCGACCGGCCUUUGUAGACGCAGGCAAUGACCCGAUAGUACUGAAGGCUAUUCUCCAGCGCCCCGAUCAGCAGACGAUUGGCAAGCGGCUGCUUCGGGGGACGCUUGCGCCGGCAGUACGGUGUCUAUGGGCGAAUGGAGCCUCGCCUACGAAAGAUCUUGGAAGGUUUUUGACGAAAUUGGCGAGCGGGGAUGGGAGGCAGUUGACAGGUGAGGGUAUCGCAGGUGAAGGAUGGAUUGUUUCGAAUGUUGCGUUUCGGAGGGAGGAGGGGAUUUGA